AUGCCAUUCAUAUUUACUAAAUAUUUAUUGGAUGAUUUUGAUGUGCCUGUUGUUAUUGAAUUUUCAGAUGAUGAGAAGUUUUUCCAUAAGAGUAAAACAACAUUGGAAGAAUAAAAAACGAUAUGGAUAUUAAAUGCUAAAGACUUUAUAGCAUGUGGAUUCGAUAUGAAAAAAACAUUCACUUUCCUAAGUUCAUAAUAUGUAGGAUACAUUUAUCAUAACAUUUGUAAAUUCCAACAUGCCAUAACUUAUUAAUAAUUGAGAGGAAUAUUCGGUUUAAAUGAAUCUGAUAAUUGUUGCAAAGUAUCUUAUCCAAGCGUUUAAGCUGCUCCAUCCUUGUCUUCAUCAUUUAAACAUAUCUAAGACAAGGAUGAAGUUAUGUUUUUAGUCACACAAGGUAUAGAUUACUUCAAGAAUGACUAUAGAUUUAUGUUAUAAACUUAAGGUUCGUAAACCUGGUUGCAUUCAUUCCUAAUUUCUACCAUGACUUUAGGGGAUGAUUUGAAUGUAUUAUUAAACAAUACAAAAGCACUACAGAUCCAACUUAAACUAUAUUUUUAAGAUUUAUUCCAAAAGAGAUUGAAAAAAGUUAAUAAAUCAUUAAUUAUUUUAGAUAAAAAACAUGUUUUGUCUGGGGAUUGUAAGACUAUAAAGGAACUUAAAGAAAAAGGUUCUGAUCUUUCAAUAGAUGUCCCAUAUUAUUAUUCGAGAUUCUUUCUCGAAGAUGAUAUUCGUCUAUAAGAAAUCAGAGAUCAAUAUGGAAAGAGUGUCAUGA